UGUACUUCAGCUUAAAAGAGCUUCUGAAAGUAUUCCAUUGCUGUUGCCAAAAUACAACUUGGAGAUAUCCACGUGGUUUUUCCAAUCUCUCACUGUAAUUCAAAGGAAAUCCUGGAGAAAUUAUCAUUUUCUUUAAUAAAAAAAAAUGAAGGGCAGAUGCUGGACAUCUGAAAUAAAAACAGAAACUAUUGGUUAAACUGAGCAGGUCUGGCAGCAUCUGUGGGGAGAAAACAGUUAAUGUUUCGAGUCCAGUGACCCUGCAUCAGAACACUGUUCUGUUUUUGUUAUUGUUUCCUUUUAAGUGAAACAUUAAGCUGACGCCCAGUCUGCCCCCUGAAGUGAAUGUAAAAGAUCCUUUGGCUCCCUUUAGGAGGAAAUUAUCCUUGGUGUCCUGGCCAAUAUUUAUUCCUUAGACAACAUCUUCAGAUCAUAUUAUGAAUUCCUCAUUUGAUGGCAUUUUAUGGGAGCUUGCUGUGUACAAAUUUGCUUUGUUUCCUUCAAUACAACUGGCACUACAUUUCAGAAGUAUUUCAUUGGCUGAAAAGUGUUUUGGAUGUCCUGCCGUCAUGUGACUUUGGUGCCAAAGUUUUUCAGAAAGUACUUUCAUUAUUGAUGUCAGCUGCGAUUUGAGUACAGGAGGAGAAUGCAAGCCAAGCAGAUGGUUGAAGCUGGCCUCAUUUUGGAAUUAGCACGUUCUGAUCAGGGUGCAAGUGAAGGCUGAAUAUCCUGCUGAUGGCAGGCACCAGGUUAGAUCCGAUGCACCAUAGAGCUUUACACAGUUUCAUGACAGGAUACAUGAUUUCACUAUGGAUAAAGAGGCAAGUCGUUUGGAAAAGGACUAUGUUCAUAAUGUCUAUGAGAGGAUUGCCCCUCAUUUCAAUGACUCUCGUUACAAGGCCUGGCCCCGAGUACGACAGUUCCUCUUGGAACAAGAUCCUGGCAGUCUCAUUGCAGAUGUUGGAUGUGGAAAUGGGAAGUACCUUUGUAUCAACAAGCAGGCCUACAACUUAGGUUGUGACUAUUGUCUUCCCCUAGUAGAAUCAGCAAGAGAGCAGAGCUAUGAAACCAUGGUAUGUGACAGCCUGCAUUUACCAUAUCGGAAUCAGUGUUUUGAUGCCAUUCUAUCAAUAGCAGUGGUACACCAUUUUUCCACAAAACAACGUCGUAUUCAAGCAAUAAAAGAAAUGGCAAGGAUUUUGCGAGUGAGAGGGAAAAUGAUGAUCUACGUAUGGGCAAUGGAGCAAAGUCGACGUAAAUUUGAAAAGCAAGAUAUUUUUAUUCCAUGGAACCCUACGCCACCGCCACCAAAUUCAUCAAGAUCCAAAAUUCUGAAUGAACAAAAUACAUCAUUCCAACAAAUUAAUAAUGAUUUUUUUCACAAAGACAAACCUUUAAAUUCAAAUAGGUUGCCUAACAAUGAAUUCAGUAUGUGUAAGAAAUACAUUAAAGGAAACCAAGUAUCCUCUUUGGUACCGGAGAAUACGUUAAAGGUUGAAAAAUCUUUAAAUGUGUGGAUAUUUUCUCAAUCACUGAAUUCUUCACUCCAGUUUAGCAGCAAUAAUAGAACAAAAUCCCCUAAAGAGGUACGAAUGCUUUGGGAUUAUAUUACUUCAUUUAAAACAAAUAAUAAGUCCAUUGAACAAGGAAAAACUGACAAUGUGACCAGAUUUGAAUCUAAUGUAUUUUCCUGUGGGCAGAGUUCUGAAGAUAUCUUUGGUGUCUUUUCCAAGUCACGAUCAAUUAGCCAUUACAACGGUUUAGAUUCACUCACCUCAUUCUUUGAACACCCAUGCAUGGGAUCAUUUAAAAUGCAGGAGUCUUCUGGCAUUUUACGUACCUGUUCUGAAGUUUCCUUGCCUGAUCUUACUUCACAGGCCUUGUUCCAAAAUCAGUCUUUGAACUGUGCCAAUGAAAAUGAAUCCACAAACGACUCCACUUAUGAGAAUAUCAACAGCAUGCAUCCACAAAUGCAGAGAAAUGUGACUACUGACUCAAGUAACUGGCCUUUGGAGCCUCAUGUACUGGCGAAAGGCAAAAAAGAUCAGAUUAAUUACAACAGUACUUGCCUCAGAUAUUAUCAUGUUUUCAAACAAGGAGAGCUUAUUGAACUCAUAGAAAAGCACAUUGAAGAUCUGCAAGUGAUUCAAACAUAUUAUGAUCAUGCUAACUGGUGUGUUGUUGUGGAAAAAGUCAGAGCUUGCAAAAUUUGAGACUACGUCAUCACCUUGCUCUGAGAGUAAGGCCAGUAAUUAGUUUUAAAUUUUUGUAUCUUUUGGAAGUGUCAGCAUAUAGUUUUCAUGUGUUUUAUUUAAUUUGUGUGUUAUUGAUGUGCCUUUUAACAUUGCAGGCAGUGACAAUAAAUGAACAAUACGUUGUAACCCGCAUUGCCAAAUGUUACCACUGUGAUAGCUAAAACUUUGCACUCUUAAUUCAAUCAUUUUAAUUUCAUUGCCUUGAAAUGUUUUAAUAACUAAUAUGGUAAACUACUAGCAAAAUCUUGCUAACUUAUUUUACACUACAGUUGCGUGUACAAUUUAUUGUGUUCUAAAUUAAUUAUGGGAGUUGUCAAGAAAUGCCAUAUAUACCCUCUGAAUAAAAUUUUGAUGCAGGGAAGUUAACUUUCUUUUCUGCCUGGUCUCAAGAA